UGUACAUACAUACAUACAUUAUACAUAGCAAUAUGUAUCGUAUUGCAAAUAUCGUGUUAGAUUUUAAACACCAAUCGAUUACUACACAGUAUUGAUAAAAUAAGGAUGUGUGACAUUUAUAAAAUUGUUAUCAAAAUUUUCAAUUUUCUAUGUGACUGUGAUUAGAUUCUUUGAAUGAAGUGUCGGGUGAAGAACUGAUUAAACAAAGCAAUAUUCACAAGAUAAUUAUAUACCGUUUUGCAACAGUUUAUGCAUUUUACUUGUUUAACCUUUUUAAAACUGAUAUAUUACAUGCAUCUUUGUUUGUAGAGUAAAUUUUUGCUGCGUAUCAGUUAACCGGAAAAAAUACACGGUUAGUUCAAUAUGGUGGAACGUUUUUGAUACGCAGACUGUUUUCUAUUUUCUUUUAAAAAACGGUACAUAUUGAUUCAAAUUUCUAUAAGAAAAUAGUAACUAAAUGAAUACGUGAAAGCUUGGUGAUCAUACGGUUUCAUAGAAAUUAAAACAGCUGACGUGUAUUUCAUAACAAUCUACAUUUAUUUGAAAUGAAUUGUCUUCAUCGUAACGAUUACACAUUUUGCGAAAAUGACGCGUAUGUUAUCUUUUUAAAAUGUAACUACCGUAAAAAAAAGAGUGUUGCAUUAUUAUUGUGAAUCGUCAAAUUCUAUAGCCGAACUUUUGUAAAACUGCUAAACCUUGAUAUAAAGUUGUGAUAAGUUCAGAGAACUGUCAAUAAUAUUUAUGAUAGCACAUUGUAAUUAUUAUGUACUUUGAAGUGGAAUCUCCACAAAAGUAUCCAAUCACAAGCAUGAAUAAAUCAGUGGAAGAUUUAUUAAUCUCUAGUCACGAUGUAAUUACUAACAUAAAUUCUGCUGGAUUAGAUAAUCAAAAUUCAGCCACAACUAGGGGAAAUGGUACAUCCGAUAAUACCCAAGAAUCACUAACCGGAGCAUGUGGAGAACGAAGUAGUCCUGUUUCAAGUCCAAAUUUAUCUCCACGUCCUAGUCCAAAAGCCCGUAAUAAACGAGAUCAUUCUAAAUCAAAUAGCGAUUCAAUUACUAAAGAAUCUAAUAAUGUUAACAAAUUGGAUGAACACCAGUCGCAUGAUGCAGCAAAUAAAUCAUCGGACUCUUCUCAAGCUCUAAAAAUUCCACACGAGGGAAAAAAAGAAGUUCGUGGUGGAGAGCGGAAUAAAAAGAAAUCGUCUUGGUUCAAUGUUUUAUAUCCAACAUAUAAAUCAAGGUCUGAAGAUUUUAAACGAAUAUUUAAAACUGUUCCAGAUGAUGAAAGAUUAGUGGUUGAUUAUUCAUGUGCACUACAACGUGAAAUAUUGGUUCAUGGAAGGCUUUAUGUUUCUCAAAAUUAUGUAUGCUUUUAUGCAAAUAUCUUCAGUUGGGAAACCGUAUUAUCUUUACGUUGGAAGGAUGUUACAUCUAUUACCAAAGAAAGAACUGCCAUUGUUAUUCCUAAUGCAAUGAUAAUAUCAACUGCCACAGACAAGUUUUUUUUAACAUCUUUUGGUGCAAGAGAUAAAACAUAUGUAAUGCUAUUUCGUGUAUGGCAAAAUGCUCUUAUUGGUGAGUCAAUGAGUUCAGCGGAAAUGUGGCAACUUGUUCAUUCAAGUUAUGGUGAUGAAUUAGGUUUAACAUCGGAUGAUGAAGACUAUGUUCCACCAUUACCACCAGUUGAUGAUGAGAAGUUAUCAACAAGAUUAUCUGUGGAAUCGUUUCCCGAGCUCGAAACCAGUAAUGUAGAAAAUUUGGCAACUGGAACAGAAGAACAUCGGUCACAACCAGAUCCUACUUUGGAUGCGACAGAUCUUAGCGAUACAACAGAAAGUGAAGCUGAAAAACAUGGAUUGAAGCCAAGCAUUCGAAGCAAUGUAGUGUGUACAUCACCUCAUGAAGGACGCCUGAUUGGAAAGGCCACAUUGCCCAUUCAUAUUGAUCAUUUAUUCACUUUGUUAUUUACAAAUUCUAAGUUUUUCUUAGACUUCCAAACAGCUCGUAAAACUACAGAUUUAGUACAAUCAUCUUGGACACAAAAUGAACAAACGGAUCAAAAAGUUAGAACUUUAUCUUUUACAAUAGCUUUGUCCCAACCCAUUGGACCAAAAGCUUCUCAUAUUACGGAAACUCAGAUAAUGUUGCCAUGUAGCAGACCAGGUCAAUUAUAUAGUAUUGACGUGGACACUGUAAAUGCUGGAAUUCUGUAUGCUGAUUCAUUUCAUGUACAACUUCAUUAUUGUAUAAACAGUAUCUCGGAAAAUGAAACGGAUCUCACAAUUUAUGCUCAAAUAAAGUAUAGAAAGAAUGUAUGGGGUUUUGUAAAAAGUGUCAUUGAAAAAAGUUGUUGGGCUGGAUUAGAAGAAUAUUUUACAAGUCUAAUAAAAGCGCUAACUAUCGAGUGCGAAGAAUUUAGUAAUACUGGAGGGUUAAAGAGAAAAGCAAGAAGAAGACGUCGAAUUACGGGAACUGGUAUUACUUUACAACCUCUUUCUUCAGAUCUCGUUUCUCCCAGUUUACAAAAUGCUCUGAAUUUGCCACAUAGUAAUGAUAAUACCGCUUCUGGAGUUCGGGGCAAUCCAAAUAUAAUAAUUAGUUCAAUGCUUUUAAUUGCUGUAUUAUUCUUGAUGGUAAUUAAUGGCCUAUUAUAUUAUAAACUAUGGAGUUUGGAAGAAGCUGCAGCCUACACAAUUAUGGAUUUACAUGUGUUAAAGAAUACUCCAAAGACUGAAGAAGAUUGGAUCCACUUAUUACAACAACAAGAAAGUUUGCAUGAUGUAGAAAUGAGAAAAUGGCAAAGAGUACUACAUACUGCUGCACAAUUACUUAGGCAGACAGAAGAGUUACUAAUGGAGCUACAAAUGAGUAUUCAUCCUACUGCAUCAGGAAAAAUGUUCUCGGUCUUAAAACCAAGUGUAGAAAAUUUUAAUUCGCAUACAGCGCAACAAAGUUAUUCAGAGAUGUAAUAAGGUAUACAAUAUUUAAAUGAAAGGAUUAUUGUAAUAUGAUACGUAUUUAAAAGUAUCGUUACAGUAAACUUUAAGUUUUCCAAAUAAGAGGGGUAUUAUUAAUAAUCGUUACACACACUUGUAUAUAAUUUAUAACGUGGCACAGAAAUAUGCUGUGAUGCUGUAUCUUUUAAGCACCAGAUGUGCAGCAACAUACAAAAUAUUUGACACAUAGGAAAUGUAAUUCUCUAUUGAUUCUAAAGAUAUGUAGUAUUACAUUUUCUUUCUUAUGAAAUAUUAAAUCUAUCAGAUCUCCUUUGAUGCCCAUCUUAUAUAUAUAUAUAUAAAAAACAUACAUACAUUUAUAAAUACAGGCAUGUAUAUUUGUGUAUGUGUAUAGAUAAUGUAUAUUAGAAUAUUGUAAAGGAAAAAAUAAAUAAUUUUUAAAACCACA